AUGGCGGCGGGAGCCAGCCGGAGGCUGCAGCGGUCCCUGCUGCUCCUGGCCCUCACCUGGGGCGCCACUUUUGUCCCCUGGCCAGCCCAGGCUUUGCAGAGGAUCGCCCUGCGGAGGAUGCCCUCCAUCCGCCAGACGCUGCAGGAGAUGGGGGUGAAGGUGCGGGAGGUGUUCCCGGAGCUGCGCCGGGGCACACGCGGAGGAGGGGACGGUCCCCGCAACGGGACAGCUCCCACCCUCCUCACCAACUACCUGGAUACCCAAUAUUUCGGCGAGAUCAGCAUCGGGACCCCCGCGCAGACCUUCAAGGUGGUCUUUGACACGGGCUCGGCCAAUCUGUGGGUGCCAUCCUACAAGUGCUCCCCCCUCUACAGCGCCUGUGUGUCCCACAGCCGCUACGACUCCUCCAAGUCGCGCACCUACAUCGCCAACGGCACCGGCUUCGCCAUCCGCUACGGCACCGGCAGCGUCAAAGGCGUCCUCAGCCAGGACAUCGUCACGUGGAAUCGCUCCCGCUGUGUUUGGCACGCCAGGAAUUCUCCCCUGAAACCCGGCGGGGAAAUCAUCCUGGGAGGCAGCGACCCCGCCUAUUACACCGGCGACUUCCACUACCUGAACGUCAGCAGGAGCGGCUUCUGGCAGAUCAGCAUGAAGGGGGUGUCCGUAGGAGCCGAGAUCCUGUUCUGCAGGGAGGGCUGCUCGGUGGCCGUGGACACGGGGGCCUCCUACAUCACCGGCCCCGCCGGCCCCGUGUCCGUGCUCAUGAAAGCCAUCGGGGCCACCGAGGUGGCCGAGGGAGAGUACGUGGUGGACUGCGAGCAGGUGCCUCAGCUGCCCAACAUCUCCUUCCACAUGGGAGGGAAGGUUUACGGCCUCAGCGGCCCGGCCUACGUCCUGCGGCAAUCCCAGUACGGGGAGGACGUGUGCGUGGUGGCUUUCUCCGGGCUGGACAUUCCCCCUCCGGCCGGUCCCCUCUGGAUCCUGGGCGCCACCUUCAUCGGUCACUACUACACCAAAUUCGACCGGCGCCACAACCGCAUCGGCUUCGCCAGCGCCCGCUGA